UUCAAAACUUGUGUUUCGCAGAGAAAGAGUUCUUUCUUGUAUUGUAAGAAACUUUUUCUCUGCGAAAACACUCAAAAGAAAGAAAAGAAUGUUUCGUUUGUAAAUAAAUAUGAAUUCUUCUUAUAAAUCAUAAAAUCCUUUUCUGCUGCAUGCAUAGCUCUCCAACUUUCUAACCCAAUAUCCGAAUCCAUAACUAAUUCAUCAUCGUCAUCGUUCAUCCUCAGCAGUGCAAUAUGAAGCAACAAAUAGCAAGGCACAUUGCAUGGCCCAAGAACAUGAACAUUCAGCGCCUGUGGGUGUGGUUGCCCCCACUAAACCACAAACCAGGAGCUGUUACCAGGAAGAAUAUGGCGAUAAGCCUCUUGGAAUCCAGUGAGAACUCCGAUGGGUCAUUGCUGGCCGGAGAAUUGUCCGACGGCCGGCGUGGGGGAGCUUCAAUGAUGCAAGUUCCCAAAGGGUUCUUGGCAGUUUACGUGGGGCCCGAGCUUCGGAGGUUUGUCAUCCCCAUGAGCUGUUUGUCAUCACCGGAUUUUAGGGUUUUGAUGGAUAGAGUGGAAGAGGAGUAUGGGUUUGAGCAGGAAGGUGCGCUUAAAAUCCCUUGUGAUGAAGAGGAUUUUGAGAAUAUUUUGAUGAGGUCUUUGGCAAACUAUAAGAAGAAUGAUAAGAAGAAAAAGAUCUAACAAAUUGCUGUAAAGUAAUUUUUUAUUUAACCUUCUCCUAUUUUAGGCAGAAGCAGAAUGUGUAUAACCAAGAACGUGUACAAAUUUGACU